GCCUCUGCCUAUGGCACUAGCCAAUGGUCCGGGGACAGCUCGGUGGCCGGCUCUGGACAGUGGGCAGGUAGUGGUGCAGCAGCCGGUGAUGCAUCAACAGCCGGGACAGCAGCCGGGACAGCAGCAGGAACAGCAGGAGAAACAGCAGCAGGCACAGCGGCGGGAACAGGAGCAGGAGCGGCAGCCGGGACUUCAGAUGGCACAGGUACAUGGGCAGCGACAGGCCCAGUUGCCGCAGCGGACGGCACUACUGCCGUCGGAGCCACUGCUGCUGAUGGCAGUGCGGCAGGCACAGCACAAGGGAGCACCGGGCAAUGGACAGCAGCGGCAGCCACCGACCCAACCACAGAAGCCACCGCAGGCACUACAACAGCAGCUGCCGUGAUUCCAACUGCUACGAACAUUUCGAAAUCUCUCCCCUCAUCCACCACCAGCGAAGCCACUGCCAGCAGCACCGUCCUCUCAGCUGAUUCAACAAAGCAUGUGGGCACCCCUGCCGGCACGAAGGCGGCUAUCGGUCUCAGCGUCAUCAUCGUCGUCGCCGCGAUGGCAGGACUCAUCCUGUGGUCGCUGCGCCGGAAAAAGCGCCGUCUCCGAGAAAUUAUUGCGAAAAGCCGAGGCGAGAAGGUGUCUGAAAGCCCAAGAACGAGUGAUGAGUUCGCCAGGUAUGCAUCCAAGGUCUGCACCGAAGGGGCCAGCGCAAUGCGUCAAGCGGGAGGCAAGAUCAAGACAACAUAUCAAUCCAAAAUCCCCGUCCUGUGUCGCCACUUCGAGAAUGCAAAGUAUGAGCCGAUCAAGGAGUUUAGUCGCAAGGUGUACUCGACAAGUGUGACCACACUGAAGAAGGUUGGCGGGUUCGUACAUUCAACUUGGGCGGCCAAGGCCCACGUUCCCCGUCCUUACAGCACCUACAGCACGUAUAGUACCAGCAGUCUGCAGCAAGGCUUGCGGGACCUUCCUAGGUCGGGCCACGCAAACGAGCUCGCCCCUGUUCUGGAGGUAACUGAAAGUGUCGAGAGCCCUACUGGCUCUUCGGAAACAUUGGUCGGUGAUGUCGGUCGCUUAAAGGAUGCCGCAGUAUCAAGCACGCCCAAACUGGAGACGGGUAAGUUCCCGGAGGCAAAAGUAGCAACUCUGGAGACUGUCACACCCAUCUCCCCGGAAUCAUCAGGAUCAUCAUCGUCAUCGCCAUCGCCAUCGUCAUUGUCAUCAGCGAGCAGCAGCCCUUCAGUGUCAAGGAGCCCCACUGUCGACAAUGUUUCAAGAAGCCCAACGGUGGCAAGUCGGACAUAUCCCGGCACGCCCGAUAUUUCCUUUGCCAGAGUGUACCGGGUAGAGAUGGACUUCAAGCCUGUCAGCCCCGAGCAUGUCGAGCUGAAAGAGGGUCAAACUGCCGUCCUGCAUCUCGUGUACGACGACGGAUGGGCCCUUGUCAACGUCCUUGAAACUGCCCAGGAAGGUCUCGUUCCCCGAGCCUGCUUCGGCGCAUAUCCCGUGCGACACCAAGCCCAGUACAUGGGCAGCAAUCUCCAGAUCUCGACCGACGGAAUCCCCCGGUCGAUCAGUUCUGCCACCCCCACGGAGUACGGUUCUGAUGGUGACAUCGGCCGAUUCUACUCGCAGUGCGCGAGCCCGGACCUCCCCACCCCGGCGUCGCUGCACGAAACCCUGCCACGGCCUCAGCGUCUCAAGUCCCUACCAUCUCUGGCAAGCUUGUUCCGCUCUGCAUCAAGUUUCAAGAGCAUGGUAUAG